AUGUUUUCAGAAGGUCUGCCUAGUUCAGAGUUUUCUGAGCUCGAUGAUGUGCCACCGAGAGGUAGGGGUGGGUUCCCUCUCAGGGGGAGGGGUAGGGGGCAACCACCUUCAUUAUUUGAUGUCAGUUUUGAUGAGAAAAUGAAGGGCAAAUUUGCAGACUUUGAGCAGUUAGAGGAGCCUGGAUAUGAAGAUGAAAAUGGAGACGCUGCUGGGUAUCCAAGGGAUGAUAUGGGCUUUGUUGAAUCCACAAGGGGCAGAGGACGGGGUGCAGUCAGGGGGCGGGGUAGAGGAUACCAGGAGUUUUCGGGACCAGAAGAUUUUAAUGAAUAUCCAGAAUUUGAAAAUGAAUCAAAAUUUGCUCAAAGGGGAAGAGGACUGAUCAGAGGGAGGGGGGCCAUUGAUGGAGGAAGAGGUGGAGAACAACGGAUGGGCUUGUUCAGACCCAUGGGAGGAGGAUUCGAUAGUGACCCUAACGUCAGAGAUGACAUGCCGGAGG